ACGCAUUUCUGACGCACUCUGACGUCAUUGCGCGCGCGCGCUCUGCACUCUGCGCUAAUGGCCGACGAAACAUCGAUUCCCGUUCGCGUCGGACAUUACGAAUUGGUCCGAACGAUCGGUAAAGGAAACUUCGCUGUCGUCAAACUGGCCAAACACGCCAUCACGGGUUCAAAGGUCGCCAUCAAGGUCAUCUCCACCCGAGCUCUGGACGCGGAUCAAACGCGAAAACUCCAGCGUGAAGUGGACAUCAUGAAACGCACGCGACCGCAUCGACACAUUCUUCGUCUGUACCAGGUCAUGCAAUCGGCGCAACACGUGAUGCUUGUGACCGAGUUCUGUGCGGGCGGAGAGAUCUUUGACCAAUUGGUGGCCAAUGGAAGAAUGCAGGAGUCGGCCGCACGCGACUAUUUCGCGCAAAUCAUAGCGGCCGUGGACUUCCUGCACCGCCAGGGAAUUGUGCACCGCGACCUCAAGGCCGAGAAUCUGCUGCUUUCGGCCGACUUGCGAACUGUCAAAUUAGCGGAUUUCGGGUUUUCAAACUACUUCUCACGUGACGCACUGUUGGCCACGUGGUGUGGAUCUCCUCCAUACGCGGCGCCCGAGUUGUUCGAAGGCCGGCACUAUUCGGGUCCAAAAGCGGACAUUUGGUCUUUGGGAGUGGUUUUGUAUGUCUUGGUUUGCGGUGCUUUGCCAUUCGACGGACACACUCUCCAGUCUCUAAAGACCCGUGUUUUGGCCGGAAAGUUCCGAAUCCCGUACUUUAUGUCAUCUGAUUGUGAACAUCUGAUCCGUCAUAUGUUGAUAACUGAUCCAGAUCGACGCUUCUCUUUGACUCAAGUUCGACAACACCGUUGGCUUCGAACCUCUUCUUCCACUUCCACCGCAACUCCCGACUCGACGGCCGAAGAAGUGGACGACAUUGACAUGACUCUUGUCGAAUGGGUCGCUCGGGAGUUGCAAGUGGACGUGUCUUGUGUCAGCGAGUCAGUGCGCACGCGUGCUUUUGACCACAAUUACGCGCUUUAUCAUUUGGUCUCCGAUUCUGGUCAUCCGCCCCCGCACUCUGCUCCGCCCUCUCCGCCGCUUUUGCCGCUCGUGCCGUCGACUGCUGGUCAGCGCAAGUCGUCGAUAACAACUGGUGUUGUAGAGCGUGCGGACACGCCUUCAACUCCUUUAUUAACAGUCGCUUCUCCGCUUAGAAGACAUACUUUCGGUCCAAUGGAAACCAACUCUUCGUCCGCCAAUUCUCACAACCAAUUGGUGACUCCGCCCUUACUCUUCCUGACUCCUCCCACUGCGGCCGCGCCUCCGCCCAUCGCGAAUCUGCCUCUGGCGCCGCCCAAUUAUCCUUUGGCUCACAUGGAUCUGUUGAGACCGCCGAACGUCUUGUUAAUGGCAGGAAGAGACAUGGGUCGACGUGCAUCGGACGGCCAGGCCAACUAUACCCGAAUCGAUAGUCGAGAACCGUCCGUCACGUCCAGUGCGUCCGUCUUUUCAUUUUCUGCGAAUCAGUCUUCGCCGCCAUCUUCUUAUCAAAGAAGAAAACGUCAUUCUCUUACCGACGCAAACGAUCUCGUGAGUCGUCAAAGACGUUCGGGAAUCGCCAGUGUCACUUCAGUUGUCUCUAAUGAACGAAGCCGUCGUCGCGCAUCAGACGGCGCUUCCAUUUGCGUCCGCGGACCGCAAAUCUCCAUUUCUUCGCUUCAGACCGAACUUCGCGCGCUUUGCGUGUCUUCUCCGCCGUCUCUCCAGACUUCCCCCAUUCACUCCGUUUGUUCCCCAAUUGCCACGCCUUCUGUUUCUCUGCCAUCUUCUCCUCCGCCAACACUUCCUCUCAUAUCCGAAGAGUUGGGCGCCACGACGGUUCCGCUGUUGUUGACUCCGCCGCAGUCGUUCCGGUCGUCUCCCGUAUCUCCGGUUGCGCCGCAGAUUGCAGUCACGGAUGCGGACACGGGAGCCUUGUUUCCGAUUCUUCCGCCUCCCGUCGACUUUCAGCACGUGUCGUCUCAACCCAAUCUCGAAGCCAAUGUCUCAGCGAAUGAACCUCAAGAGUCACGUCUUCAUCGAUGGCAAGAAGACAACCGUCGCGUUUCGUUCGCUUUGUCGCGUCAUUUGCGACAAACCUAUCCAUCGGCCGGCGCUUCGACUUCGCGAUCAGAUGUUCCACAUUAUACUUCUCUGCAGAGUCUGGCCAGAGACGCGUCGGCCGCUUUGUCGACGACGGGCAGUGGAUCCAUCUGUGUGGAUGAUUUGGCGGCCGCAACGCGUCUGUUGUCGCGCUUCAGUGGCGCUCGAGAUGUGAUUGCUUUCGACGACAACGACAUCCAAAUAGCUCUCGAGUGGUCCGCAAAUCGACUGGUUUUGCGUCGCGUUUCGGGCGACGCCUCGCAAUACAAACACGUGUGUCACCGCCUCAUUCAGUCCGUCAUGUGACCACUGGCCCGAUUCUUAGCCAAUAAUAAAUCACUUCCCAUCGCUAUUUUGUGUUUGAGU